AUGUCCCAAUACAUGUACACCAGCGUCGCCCCCUUACCUCCCGUCUUUUCUCGCAUCGAUUCGUCCAGACCAAAGACUGCGACGUCCUCCUCCUCAUCCUCAUCCCCCACCACCACCAAUAAUCAACCCGCGGCCGCCUCGACAACGUCGCCCGCUUCAUCAACCUCCGCCGCGACACCACCCACACCAUCUUCGUCGUCCUUCUUCUCCAAGGCGAACCCGGCAGACUCUUCUCGCCUGCCGUCGCAACAGAAGCCCAAUCACCGCAACUUCAGCCAACACCAUCCGUCGGCCCGUCUGCAACACGCCCGCACCUCGUCGUCGUCCUCCGCGUCCCGCUCCUCCCACGAGACCUCGACGACUCCCACCUCGACGACCCCCUCGAUCCCGCAGGCUGCGUCCCCCACCGACUCACGCACUCCCGCGUCGCCAACGUCACCCAAGAGGCUCAAACACAAACAUCACCACUCGCUUCAGGAGACGCGUGUCGGCGCCGAACAUCCUGCCCGCACGCGAGCGCCACCGCGCCUCCGCAAGGAAAGCGGCAGCUUGAGCUCUUACGCGAGACUGGCCCUCCAACCCCCAUUGUCACCCCUCGUCGGCCUCUCUCCCAAUGAGUUGAAACAUGUCGCCAUGCUCGUCGACACGGAUACCUCGGGCCGUCACCUCGCCGCCCCCAAGGCCAGCGGGGUUCCCUUCUCCCGGACUGACAGUCUGUCGUCGGCCGCUCCCUCGACGACCUCACUGUCUGCUCGGACAAUGACGUCGUCCGACCCCACCACUUCCUUUGACGCCUCCCGCCCCUACGCACUGCGGAAUGGCCGAACCUACCUUUCCGACUCGUCACUGGCAUACCCGUUGCCAGUUGACCUUCAAGAGAUCCAUCGCCAGUCGCUGCGCACAUUGCUGUUGAUACAGGUGUUUGGGUCGCCCAUUUGCUCAAACUCGUUCGCCAACAAGCCACCUGCCCGCGUCCUUGAGGUCGCCUGCGGCUCGGGCUUCUGGAGUCAAUCAUGUCACCAGUACUUUGCCCAGCGAGGCCACUCGGACAUUCAGUUUACUGGUAUGGACAUUGCGCCCAUGGGCGCGAACGCGGGCGACGUGUCGCGCGACAUGAAGUGGAACUUUGUGCAGCAUGACAUCCGCAACUUCCCCUGGCCCUUUGCCGACGGCGAGUUCGACUUCGUCAUGGUGAAGGACCUGAGCUUGGUGGUGACGUCGCCGCACUCGCUGCAGGCCUCCAUUGAGGAGUACCACCGCCUGUUGCGUCCUGGCGGCACCGUCGAGUUCUGGGAUAGCGACCAUCAGAUCCGCAUGCUGCGGCCCCACGCUGCGCCGCAGUCCGACAACGCGGAGGACACGGCCACCGUCUCGUCGCUCGGCGCAUACCCCAUCUCGGCCAAGACCCCGCUCAGCGCACCCCUGAACAACUUCCUCGUCGAGUACAACAGCUGGGUGCACCGCGCGCUCGAGGCCCGCAACCUGAGCCCCGUGCCCUGCACCCUCGUCGGCCCCAUGCUGAUCCAGGAGUCGGAGGAGCUGACGGACAUACAAAACAAGCGCUUGGCGAUCCCGCUUUCCGAAGUGCGCUGGGAGCGCGAGGGCGUCGGCGGCGUCGUCACCAAGGAUGGCAAGUCGUUCAUCAACUCGGGCAAGGGCAAGGCCAAGGACAAGCCGGACGAGCAGAGGAAGACGUUGACCGAGGCCCAGGCGGCGCUCCGGCGCACGGCCAUGAUGACCGUCGUGCAGCAGAUCCAGAGCCUGGAGCCGAUCCUGCGCGAGGUCAGCGGCAAGAGCCAGGAUGAGUGGGACGGCUGGAUGGGCAAGAUGAUGAACGACCUCAUGAGGGAGAACGGGACGAGCUGGGGUGAGUGCUUGGAGGUGGGCGCCUGGUGGGCGCGCAAGAAGGAGCGGUGA